CGGUGUGUUUCAGUCUUGCAAGAGGCGUGCGCGUGCGCAGACGUGUGACGUCACGCGGACUGACGUUGCUCUAUUAUGUAAAAAUUCACCUCAUUUCUCUUCCUAUUGUUGCAAAGUGCAUUUAAUAUAUCCACAAAAUAUAGUGAUUGUAAUUGAUAAUUUCUAUGUGAUCAGUGCUAGUAAGGAUUGCUAAGUGAUUAAUCGAUAAUAGUGUUGUUGAUCAAAAUUGAUCGUUUAAGUUUAAUACGUAAUUGGACGGUUGGUGAUGUAGUGACUGUUGGUAACUGGUCAGAUAUGGAUACGAUGAUCAGUGUUUGGACUGUGGUGGAACAUGUGAGGGUGGCCAGCGGUGCUGCGGAGCUGGCCAUCUUCACAGCUAUCCUGUACUGGUUCUUCACAUCGAGCCGCGUCGCGGAUAUGCUAGAGGUGGUGGGCGAGCGGGUCGGCGGCUGGUGCGGCCGCGACUCGUCCACGUCUCUGCGACAGGCUGUCAGAGCUCGACGAAGACAACACAAUGAUGUUUACUCCAAGCUGGAUGCAGAGAUUGCAUCACGCACAUCGGCUCUCUAUCGAGCUAAGGAGGGUCCGGUGGUGCCUCCGCCGCUGCCGCCCGCUCGUCCUCCCGCCGGCCUCGCCUGUGCCCGCUGCGCACCAUUGUCUAGAGAAUCAUGGCAUGAUCCGAAGGCGAGUGAGUCAGGUUCAGUAAUCAAUAUAUUGGACAUAGGCCGUCAGAACUUCGCAAAUGGAGGCGUAGUCUCCCGCUACUUAUGCGACCUAGCGCAGUGCGUCAACCUCGUCAAGUAUGAUUACAAGGAUGUGGUGCCGAGCGUUGUGAAAGACGAACGUUUCCAACGUGCCAUAGAAGAUACGACCCAAGAAGAAAUGAGAAAAUCUAAUGGUACCAAACCUGAUGGUGUCUCUCGGAGUCCCCAUCGAUAUACUGAGACUAGGAGGAAAGUGGAAGCUCGUGCUAUGAAGGUGCUUAUGGAUAUCAGCUCGGCAAUGUCCAAUAAUGUUCUCAGGCUAGUGGCAUGGCUAUGUCACAAAGCGAUACGUCGCAUCGCAGGCGGUGGUUGCAGUACUCGUUUCGCGUGUGUGGAGCGGUUACGCCGGGCUAAAGCCGCGGGCCUUCCGCUAGUGUUUGUGCCCCUGCAUCGCUCGCAUUUUGAUUACAUUCUAGUCACCUUUACAUUGUAUCUUACUGGAUUAAGACCGCCUUUGGUAGCUGCGGGGGAUAAUAUGAGAAUACCUUUCUUUGGUUGGAUUUUGCGUGGUUGUGGAGCUUUUUACAUAAGACGACGCGUCGACGGUUCUGAAUACCACGGCGAUCCCAUUUACAAGUCGGCUCUCAGGGCCUACAUUCUUAACAGUUUGGGAGCGAACAACAACUUGGAGUUCUUUAUAGAAGGAGGACGGACAAGGACGGGGAAACCGCAGCCGCCAAAAGCUGGCAUUCUAUCUGUGAUAAUGGACGCGUAUUUGGAUGGUACGAUAGACGAUGCCCUUCUAGUACCAGUAACAUUGAACUACGAGCGGUUGGUAGACGGCAGUUUUGUGCGCGAGCAACUUGGUAUGCCGAAACAAAUGGAGACCUUCUGGUCGGCUUUGCGUGGCAUCUGGAGGACGUUGAAUACCAACCACGGCGGGAUAAGGGUUGACUUCAACCAGCCUAUAUCGCUCAAGGAAUUAGUGACAUCAUUCCAGAAGUACAAUUACCUGAAGGCGCCCAUCGAGCGCUGUCUCACUCCGCCCAACAACAACUUGGCUGUGAACCUGGACCGUCAGAUCCUAUACAACCACAGUCACUCCAGUCUGUACGGUGCUGACGUCACAACUGAUCAUAAGAUGAUGGUCGAAGCUAUCGGCAGACAUCUUGUAUACGACGCGGCACAAUCAACAGCUCUGAUGUCAACAAACGUAUUAUCAUACGUACUGCUGAGUGAACAGCGUCGCGGUUGUACUCUGCAGCAGCUGCAGCGCUGUGUGGAGGCGCGAGGUGCAGCGCUGCAAGCCGCUGGCAGGGACCUCGGCUACACAGGAGAUACCAGCUCACUUGUCAAACAUGCUCUGGAGAUGCUAGGUCGUGGUCUGGUGCGACGUGACGGACGUCAAGUGCGCGCGCAGCCCACAGUGUCAGCUGCACUUGAACUCUCAUACUACGCGAACGCACUCGUCGCGCACUACGCCGCACCAGCUAUACUCGCUACGGCACUAGAGAGCAUAGUAUGUGAGAGCGAUGAGGACACAGUGCGGCACAGCGAGCUGAUAGAGUCAUCCCUGCAGCUGUGCGAGGUGCUCAGUCAGGAGUUCAUCCUGUGCCCGCCCUGUACACGCAUCGAGGAGACCAUGCUCAGUGCCAUAGGUACCCUGGUCUCCUGUGACGUCCUCUCCGAAAUACAGGAUAACAGUGGAUUAGAAGAACAGAGAUGGUCGCGUCGCUUUGCGAGGAGUUUUGAUGACGACGAUGAUGAGGUUCGGGAUCCAACGAGAAAUAUAAAAUAUAGAGUGUCAAAGACAUCUGAAGCUAUCGCUGAGAGACGAAGACUGCUCUUAACAAUCCGUCCAUUGCUGGAAGCGUACGCGAUGACGUGCAAGAAUGUCAGCAGUGGCUUACAGAAGACAGUCGUCACCACCGCACUGGACGCAUUGACUGAGGAGUUCACACAGAACAGAAUGCCAUACGGAGAAGCAGUAUCAACAGAUGCGAUAAGAAAUUGCUUGAAGUUACUCCGACAAUGGGGAGUGAUAGAGAUGUAUUCAGAAGGAAAAGAUAGAAAGCUACGGAUAAUCCCUCCAUAUGACAACAAAACCAACUGGGACCAUGUCUGCAAUAAUGUCUAUAAGUUUAACAUGGACACCCCUUUAUUAAGUGUUACCAAGUGAUAAUAUAUCAAUUAUAGUUGCCAAGUGUAAAAGUGUCAACAAGUGUAGAUGCCAAGUGUAAAAGUGUCGACAAGCGUUGACUAGAAUAGAUGUCAAGUGUAAAAGUUAAAAACUGCCAAAGUGAAAAAGGUCUUUGUCAUGUUGUGAUAAACAAAGUGUGGAUCCAGUGCAACUGUCAAAUGUGAUUCUAGGUUAAGCCAAUCGGUGGAAGUGUCUUCCGGUUAGUACAAGAACUUAGUUACUUUAAGUUAUGUAGUUUGAACUAUCUCUAUAGACUUUGUAGUAAGAACUGUAGAAUGAACUGUCAUGGCACUUUAUUCAAUGCAUAUUGUUAUCCUUUUUAUUCUCUUUGGCAAAACAGAAAUAACAAUAUGUUUUAAUACAAGUAUUAUAACUACUAAAACUCCAAAACUACCUAGAAAUAAAUUCCAAUAUUUUUUUAAACGAUGUUGCCAAACCCGGCAACAUAUGUUUGGUUUGAAAAUGUUUGUUGCGGGUUUUGUUACAGAUUUUUAUAUAUAUUGUAUGUCAGCAAUAUAUUAAAAAAUUUAUGAAAAUUGUACUUCUGAAAAAUUAUACUUCUUUGGUACACUUUUGAUCUCGAUUUUCAUUUAGAUCAGAUUCUUUGAGAAGCCCUUGCUAGCUUAUUAGCUUAAUAAAUAAAAACUAUACCGAAAAGUUAGAAUGAUGAAUAAUUAUACAGGUAGAUAAUGUAGAAUAAAUUUUAAUUCAAUUUCAAGUACAGUCAGACUUGGGUAACUGAGAAUCAUCUAUAAGCAACAGACUCGGGUUAGAAAGAAACCUCUGUAACCAAGAAAAAUAUUGCGGUCCCUUCAACUCACACUUAUCCAGGUCUGACUGUACUCAUUUAUAGUUUAAUAUUAUUACUAUUUUCUUAUCACAGACAUAUGUCAGUAUAUUUGACAUUUUUUCAAUGAGAGUUUCGUCUGCUGCGACACUUGUAUUGUCACAUAUUUUCUCUCUCUUAUCAAAGAGAAUGAGGGAGAUGACACUAUGUGUCAAUACAGUGUAAACACAUAGAGUAAAAUAAACAUUACUUAUUUAAGACUAUGCAGUCUAUGAUUUAGGGUUUUAUAGAAUUGCAUUUACAUUUUGCAAUUAAUAAUGAUAAAAGCGACAAAUUGACAAACAAUGGGCUGUAGACCAUAGACUAUAGGCGUAGAUGUAGACCAUAAACAUUUAAAUAAUGUAGAGGAAAUUGGAUGUGUUGAAAUAUGUUAAUUAAAACGUAACAUUCGUUUGUAGAAAGAUUAAGAUAAAAAGUAUAAGUAUUUAUGUAGUGCGGUAGACAUGUUUUGUUUUGAAAAAAUCAUUAAACACAUUAUAUUUGUAAUUUAUUUAUGUUUAAAUAUAAAUUUAUGUAUUUUUAAUUUGAUAUUGGUAUAGUGUUGUUUAUUAUUUAUGCUCUGGUUGACUGUUGCUAUGCAGUCGCUACAAUUAAUGUCACUACAUGCAAAACAACAUGAGAUAUGAUUCUAAUGACGUCAUAGCUAAAUUCUCUUACAGUACAAAUAAACUUGAGUAAAAAUCUUGAGUCGUAAAACACGACUUUCGAUACACAGAUGGUAAUGCUGCCUAAUUUCUCAUUAAUCCUAUUAAAAUUAAUGAUUGAUUUAUCAUUGUUCUAUCUGUGAGUUUCCGCUACCUUUGCACAUGUUCAAAGAGAUGUUAACUCUAUUCUUGUUAAGAGUAAAAGAGAUGACUAUAUUUUUGACUACACAGUUGUUUUAGCAUUCAAAAUUGACUUUUACCAUUCAAUUACAUAAAAUGUGAUUGUUAUUUUAUACUUUAAGAUUAAAAUCUAAGUUGGAAAUUUAUAUACAUAUAUGACUAUCUAUUUGUGACUAGUUUUAGAUAAGUUUUGUAAACUUAAUUAAUUCUUUUACAAUACUUGUAAUACUUUGACUUAUUGGUCUUUUAAGAAUAUUUGUGAGAACAUCUUUGAAACAUCAUCGUAAAAAAUUGUAUUAAAAUUUCUGUAGCGUGUACCAAGGUCACCAAAAAUCUCAUAUAAAUGACGUAUUUUAUCGAUAACGUUACGAAGGUCCAUGUCGCAAAUAUUCGUAUUAGACUCUCUAGUAUGACUGUAAUAGAAUUAAUUUAGUUAACAAAAAAGGUAAUGUAAUUCAGAAAGUUACGAUUUUUUAUUUGAAAGGUACAGUCAAUUGCAGAAUUAAUCUGGUGAUUAAUGGCCGAACACUUAACCCAUUUUGUCUUACUGAAAGGUUUAUAGUUAUUGAUAUUACAUAACAUCAAGUCAACUUGUGAUUGAAGAAAAUUCAAUAAAAAAAAGGUUUGUUUUCAUUAGAACCAACUCGCCCUAUCAAACUUUAAUAUGUGAAAAUUGUAGUGGCAUUGAAUGUGUUAACUUUACAAAAACAGUGCGCUGACUGUACUUUUAUAGACUUCAUUAAAUGCAUGUUAUUUUAAGAAGGAACAUGGUAUUUAGUUCAACAAAGUUUGAUAUUGAGUCUAGUUAAGUUUUAAUGCUCAAAGAUUGGAGCCAAAUAACGCGUUUAUUAUUUAUGUUCCCAUUGAUCUGUGAUUGUUUUGCUAAGUGUGCACAAUAAUAUAAUGAUUGUAGAAUCAAGCUGAGAUGUCGCAUUCAACGAGAGUCACAUGUUAUUGUGCACAUAUAGUAAUGUCGAAAACUUGGUCGCUCACAUUGUACUAUUAAAUAAAUAACUCAACAUCUAUAAAUAAAUAAAGAA